CUGGGGGUCAUGUUUUCUCGUUUCUCUCAACUCCCUCGCAGUACUAGUUGUGCUCGCACUAUAUAUCCUAAAAAGACUCUCCCUCACAGAACCUUCACUGAUGCUAAUUUGGGGGAAGACCACGAUGCGUACGAUUUUGGGAGCUACACCGUCGUUCUACCGGAAGAACCUUUCGUGUUUGGUGUUUCCCAUAUAACUCCUCGGAAUGUGCCAAACUCGGUACGGAAACCGCCCUAUGCGCUGGCGCGUCAUCAUGAUACGAACACAUCCACACUGGUGAAGAGAGAGAAACUGAUACGUCUCGGUGGAGUGGAGGAGGACGGGUUGAGAAAGUCGGCUGGCCUGGCAAGGGAGGUGCGAGAGUUUUCUGGGACGUUGGUGAAGGCUGGAGUCACGACGAAUGAGAUUGACGGUGCCAUACAUGAAUAUAUCCUUUCGCGUGGUGCGUAUCCCUCACCGCUACAUUAUAGAGGGUUCCCGAAGUCGUGUUGUACUAGUGUGAAUAAUAUCAUUGCUCAUGGAAUACCGGAUGGCCGUCCUUUAGAAGAUGGAGACAUCGUGAAUAUCGAUAUCACUGUUUAUUUAAAUGGGUACCACGGAGAUACUUCCCAGACCUGGCUAGUCGGAGACGUGGAUCAUCCUGGGCGUGUUCUUUGUGAAAUAACCACCGAAGCUGUUCAAGCCGGAAUCGACGCGUGCGGACCAGGAAAACAUUUCAAGGGGAUAGGCCGAGCGAUACAUGAUCUUGUCAAGAGACCGUUUCGAGGAAUGGAGUUUUGUAUCUCACAACAGUUCACUGGACACGGAAUUGGAACAGAGUUCCACCGUCCCCCAUGGAUUUGGCAUCAUCUAAAUGAUGAGCCCGGUGUUAUGCAACCUGGACACUGUUUCACUAUCGAGCCGAUCAUCAUACAGGGCAAGGAUCCGCUCGGAUGGUUGUUCCCGGAUGGAUGGACAGCUAGCACGGAGAACUGUGCAAGAGGUGCCCAAGUGGAACAUAUGGUUCUCAUCACUGACAACGGUGUGGAUGUUUUGACUCGAUAAAAUACCGUCGCAUACAUACUU